AUGAGACUUUCGAAAAAUAACCAAAUCGAAUAUUUUAAUGAGGAUACUAAACGUUUUGAAGUCUCAGGUCCCUUCCCACAAGAUAAAUUAAAAAGUUCAGUAGGGGAUACUGAACCUCAACAAUCAUCAGGAUAUAUAUCUCAACAGGAGUAUCAACAACAUUAUAGUCAAGAAAAAGAAGGUCCCCCUGCACCAAAUGUAUACAAAAGUUCAUUAUGGCAUCCUGAACGUUCACAAUCAUCGGGAUAUACAUCUCAACAAGGUUAUAAACAGCAUUAUAGUCAGGGAGAUGAAGGCCCCUCUGCACAAAAUAAACUUAAAAGUUCAUUAUGGCGUCCUGAAACUUCACAAUCAUCGGGAUAUACAUCUCAACAAGGUUAUAAACAGCAUUAUAGUCCAGAAGUUGAAGGUCAUCCACAAAAUAUAUUUAGAAGUUCAUUAUGGCGUCCUGAACUUUCACAAUCAUCGGGAUAUACAUCUCAACAAGGUUAUAAACAGCAUUAUAGUCAAGAAGAUGAAGACUCCUCUGCACAAAAUGAACUCAAAAGUCCAGUAUGGCAUCCUGAACCUUCACAAUCAUCGAGAUAUGGAUCUCAACAAGGUUCUCAACAGCAUUAUAGUCCAGAAGUUGAAGGUCAUCCACAAAAUAUAUUUAGAAGUUCAGAAUGCCAAUCUGAACUUCCACAAUCAUCGGGAUAUACAUCUCAACAGGUUAAUAAGCAGCAUUAUAGUCAAGAAGAAGAAGAAGGCCCCCCUGCACAAAAUAAACUCAAAAGUUCAGCAUGGCAUCCUGAACCUUCACAAUCGUCAGGAGAUACAUCUCAACAGGUUUAUCAACAGCAUUAUGGUCAAGAAGUAGAAGGUUCCCUUACACAAAAUAAACUCUCAGGUUCAGAAGGGCAUCCUCAACUUCCAAUUUCGUUGAAAGAUGUAGCUCAGAAGGUGCUUCAACAGAAUUCUGGUAAAAAAGCAAGGAAAAAGAAAAACAUUUCAAUCCCUACAACUAUAGAAUUGCCACAUCCUUCACAACUUGACUCCAAUUAUUUAGCGAGUCAAGUAGAAUUGUUAAAUAAAUAUUAUCCUACGGGUCCUCCUGGUUCUUUAAAAUAUGUCAAAUGA